AUGGAAAUUCUCCGAUGUGUCAACAAAUUUCAGUUUCGUGUCGAGGACCCGAGGUACUUGUUCGUGUACCUACAUUACAAUGUACGUUGUGUGUGUGUAACCGCGUAUGUGCUGUACAAUACACGCCCGACUUACACUACCUUACCUUAUGGAAGUGUCAUGCGAAUGGGAAAAGACCCCCCCUCCCCCUCCCCUUGCAUCUUGAACGUGGAUGCAGCUGGAUGGGCGCUGCAAGAAACUUUCCAGCGCCCCUGGUCGUGUCAUGAUGGUAUGGCGGUGUCAGCUUCGCGUUUCCGAGUGGACGAAAACAGACGGCCGACGUGGACGAGCGUGGCUGCGGUGGUCAGGCGAUGA